AUGGUAAAAAUUAGAUUAUUAAUAUUUAAAUUAAUAUUUCCAUAUUUUUCAGAAGUAAAGUUUUUGGAUCCUUUUUGGGGAUGGGUAACUUAAUGUAUACUAAAAUUUCUUUAGAUCCAAUUUAAGAAAGCUUUACAAGUAGAUCCAAUAAAUUGCCUAUUAUAAUAAAGAUGUAUUCUUAAUCGAAUUCUGUAAUUAAUAUUAUAAAAUUAGUAUGUCUAUUUAUAAUUUAGUAGUGGAGGCAAAAUAUUCAUUCAAAAAUAAAUAGGCAUUGAGCUAUAAAGGUUAAUUAUAGAUUUUAAUCAUAGAUUUAAAAUUUAUUAAAAAUUAAAAAGAUGACAAGAAUCACGUUUAAACAGAGGUGUUAGAUAUUUCAGUUAUCAAUUAAACAUUCUUUUCAAUGAAGAUCAAUUUUGAAUAAAUAAAAAGAAUUGAAAUAACUAAUCUAAAUCAAUAUUGGUCUUAUUGCAAGGAUGAAUCUAAAAUAACUUUUAUUUCUAUCACCUUUUGUUUAAGAUGA